AUGGCUCGAACAGUCAGCUGGGCUGCGUCAGAAGGCGCUCGCGAUCCUCUCGGAGAUGAGAAGGAAGUUAUGAGAACUUUCCACAAGCACGUCAAACACUGCGAUACCUGCUACCGCAACCUGACUUCAUGGCACUCAGGAAACGGGCUUUGCUCACGAGGACACAACUACGUCAUUGACAUGCUCCCCUACUUCUUCUGCAAGUCUGGCAAACCAUACUCAUUGAUCGACCGAACUCGCAAGAACGAGCAAACCAGAGUCCUUGUUCCAGUCGAGUACAGGCAUGUCAGCACCCUGUUCGAGGCUCUCGAAGGCGGCUAUAACACCAAUGCGUCUCGACAGUCGAGGCCGAAACCUAUCGUACACCAUACACAACCGGAUGUUUCUCACUACGAGUCACGAAGGCCUGAGAGACCAAACCUCCAGAUACCGUAUGAGAGAUACACCUCGAGCAGACACACACCAAGGAGUGCAGAACGCUAUCACGAGGAUAGACGAUACUACGAGCCACGCUCAAGGGGCAGUCUCUACCAUGAAGAUGAACGACGACGACAUCGAUACAGUGGAGAAGGCAUCUACGCAUCAGUACCUCGAUCACCAAGACAUCAUCUGUGA